UGGAGGGAAAAGAAGAGGGUGGAGAUGGGUGUUGGGAAGGCAAAGGCCAUCUUCUGCCCUUCAGCUGGAAGAGAGGAGGAGCCGGGAGAGCAGGUGGAACCGCCACUUAGUGGAAGUUAGGUGUGGAGGCUGAAGUUGCAGCGUUCAGACAGCAAGCCUGGACUGUGCCGGCCAUCAGCCAGCGCCAUGCCUGACCUGUGCCUGCGCUCCGCUAGGUAAAGGUGAGCCGUGUGAGCAUGGCCGCGAAGCUGAGCCAGGAAGAGGUGCUGGACUUCCUCUGCCAGGGUGGAGGGAAGGUGCCCAAUGCCGCGCUGGUGGCUCACUUCAAGCACUUCUUGCGAGACCCUCGGGCAGCCGCCGAUCAGCUGCUGAAGAGCAGGGAGAGAUUCAAGCGCUAUGUGAACUCCGUGGCGGUGGUGAAGCAGGAGGGAGCUGUCAAGUACGUGGUGCUAAGGAGCCGCUACCGCGAUCUGCUCGGAGAGGACCUGACACCGGCAAUCCCCGGAGAAGUGGAGCCGCAGGAUGAGCCGGCGAUCGGCAACAAUAGAGAGGAUGAUGAGCUCGGCUCCAGUUUGCUGCAUGGAGCUCAGGUAGGAGGAGGAUGGAGCAGACACAAUGAAGGCAAUGGGUAUGAUUAUCAUCGGAGUGAACCUGUCACUGAUCGGUAUCAGCAGCAGGGUUCAGCGAUCACUUUAAACGGCCCUGGUUGGACCGGGAAUGCUAAUGGGACUUUCGAUGGAAAGAUCCGUCAUGGACACUCCUAUUCUGAGCCUUGUUCGCAUGACCCAGAAACGCAGAGACUGCAACAGCCCUUAUCUCAGUCCCCCUUCUCAUCAGCUUACUCAUCUGUGCCUACAGAUCAUGGAUCUACAUCACCCCCCAGCAAGACCUCAUCACCUGUGAACAAUACCUAUUUACCAAGCAGGAAUAGCUUUCCACAUGACAGCCAUGAGGUAUUGCUUUCCAACAGGAUUGUCUCACAAGAAUCCAGUGAUACCUCCAUGUCCACCAUGAAGAUCUCUUCCCCCAGUAAAACUUCCAUACCCUUCGACAAGACCUCAUCACCCAGUAAUAAUUCUGUACCCUUUGACAAGACCUCAUCACCCAGUACUUCCAUACCCUUCGUCAGGACCUCCUCUUCACCCAGUAAUGUUUCUACAAAGACCUCUGAAGCACCCAGUAACACUUCAUCUCCUCAAAGCAAGGACUAUUACCCCGCAGACAACCUCUCGGCACCUUAUUCUAAGGAGUCUUCAUUUUGUUCUUCUGAAACACCUUCAUUGCACCAGUUGCCCUUCCCAGAUGCUAGUGAGCAUUGGAGACCCCUUCCUGGUGAUGACCACAGGACAGAAACUAAUCCUGCUUUUGUAAGUGUGAGCUGCGGGGGUCAGCAAGAACAAAAACUUGCUUGCACUGAGAUACAGACUCCGCAUUUUGGCUUUAGUGGUGCGUGUCUGCAGGAGGCGUAUUCAGAACAGGAGGAUAAUUCCAACUAUAUAAGAGAACAGCAAGGGCAUGGCUUUCAUGAAGAGCUGACAGCUUCCCCUCCUUCCAGGUACAUGCACUGUACACACCCUUCCUCCUCCCUGCUGCUCCCUCAUGAAUCAAGUAUCAAUCCAGUAGAUGUGCAGCUGGAGGAUUAUCAGCCAGCUAGUCUAUGCCCCUCACCACCUCUACCUCUUAAUGAUAUGCAUGACAUGUGGAUGUGCCAGAUGCCUGUGUUUAAAAGCAUAAGGUGCCAACUGUCUUUGCAGGACAUGGAAGACUUUGUUGAUCAGGAAAGCUGUGGAAGUGAGGGGAGUGACAGUGGUGAAGGGGGGGACUGUGACACUGAGCACAAAGAUGAUGAUUUUUCCAGUGAUUCAAACACUGACAAAUAUGCCCAGUACAUUGAGCAGAAAUGUGAAAACACCAGGAGAUGUCCACCAAACAGAAAAUUCCUUAGUAUUAUUGAACAAUAUAACCAGCUACAAAGUGGGGACCUGCUGGAAGCCAAAAAUACUCUAGUGGUGUGCGAACCAGAAUCUAGUGCAGCAGCCGAGACCAGGAAAUCUCCUUAUUUUGCUAAAUCCUUCCUUACUGAUCAAGCACCCAUCUUGUUUGAGCUAGCUAAGCAACCUCCAAAGCACAGAGCUAGUUCUCGCUUCCAGGAAUUAAUGUCUUCCUCGGAUGAUGAACUAAUUGAUAGGGAUUUCAGAAGGAAGAGGCGUUCGUCACGCGCAAAAAGACCUCCCGGUAUUAUUCUGGUACCUCCGCAUCCUGACGGGGACUUGCUUCUAACAGCAAAGCCUGUGAGCUAUAACAAGUUUGUUGUAAAUCUUGCCGACCAAAAAGAAUAUCAAGCACAGAAUGUACCAAAAGCAAAUGUGGAUUUUUUGCUUAAGAAAUCUUUUACCUACAAAUCCUCUACAGUACCCUUGGACCCAGCAGAGCAUGAUUGGAUUGUAAAGUCGGCUUCCGGGUCCUGGCUUCAGGUCUAUGGAUUGUUUAGUCAAGACCCCCAACUGGCUUUACGGAAAGAUUUCAUCUCUGGUUACACAGCUCUGCACUGGUUUGCCAAGCAUGGUGCCAUUGAAAUGUUCCAUAAGUUUGUAGCUGGUGCCAAAAAGGCAGGGGUUGAACUUGAUUUGAACAUAAAGUCCAAUGGUGGCUACACACCUUUGCACAUUGCUGCUAUUCAUGGCCAUCAAAAAGUGGCUGCCAUGUUAGUAGAAAACCUCAAAGUAAAUGUGAAGUUGAGGGACAAUAGUGGAAAGAGGGCCUGGCAAUACCUGAGCUGCAACACAUCUGGUGAGGUAUGGCAGCUUUUGGGGGCACCCAGGGGUAAAACCAUAUUUGCUUCUCGCACCUUAAAUACCACUUAUUUAAACACACACAACAAGUUGAGUCAGAUCAACAGAAAAACAUCUUUGGCGGCUUUUCUCAAACCACAGCAUCAAAAAUGGAAGGCAAACAACCACCCUGUAUUAAGGGAAAGGGAAAUAUACAGUGACUGAAGCAGUCAGUGUGGA